GAGCUAGUUCUCAGAGAUAACAAGCUCGAAAAAGUACCAGAGAUCAGCAUAUUCUCAAAGCUUUUGGUUUUUGAUAUAUCUUUCAAUGAGAUCACUUCGUUGGAAGGAUUAUCCAAGGCCACUACCUCACUGAAGGAACUCUAUGUGUCUAAAAAUGAAGUUAACAAGAUUAUGGAGAUUGAACACUUGCACAACUUGCAGAUUCUUGAAUUGGGGUCUAAUAGAUUGCGGGUAAUGGAAAAUUUGGAAAACUUCACAAUUUUAGAAGAACUAUGGCUUGGACGAAACCGUAUCAAAGUUGUCAACCUGUGUGGGCUCAGAUGCAUUAAAAAGAUUAGCUUGCAGAGCAAUAGAUUGACCUCUAUGAAAGGAUUCGAGGAUUGUGUUGCUCUUGAAGAGUUAUAUUUGAGUCAUAAUGGUAUCUCAAAAAUGGAAGGCUUGAGUGCAUUGGUCAACCUACGGGUAUUGGAUGUGUCGAACAACAAGCUUACAUCAGUUGAUGAUAUUCAGAACCUCACAAAGUUGGAAGAUUUAUGGCUUAAUGAUAACCAGAUAGAAUCACUUGAAGCAAUCACAGAAGCUGUUACAGGAUCUAAAGAGAAGCUUACCACUAUCUACCUCGAGAAUAACCCUUGUGCCAAGUCUUCGGAUUAUGUUGCUGUGGUCAGACAAAUCUUUCCAAAUGUGGAGCAAAUAGAUUCUAACUUGUUUGCUUAAAGAUGGAUAUUCCUCCUGUGCUCUUUUUUUUAUUGAAUGUCUGCUUCCUCACAGUUCAGACUUCAGAGCAUUGGCACCGAAUAUAGGAAAUCAGGUUAGACAGGGAUAUCUCGAAAAUACAUACAUAUCUCUGCUGUUUAUCAUAAAGAAGUGCAAAUGAGUUCUCUUCAUGGCUAUUUAUCAAAACGUUUUGAAAUUCUAGUGUUCUCUUGCAAGUGAACCAAUACUUUGUUUUUGGUCUGUAAUAGUAUGUUGACACUGUCUGUAAAAGGGAAUCCCGACUUUGAGGUUGUCUUUGUUUCCACCAACACUAACUUGAUACUGUUAUUUAUAUUUUUGACGUUGCCCCUGGA